GGGGGAUAAUCAUUUCUUUGAUAAUUUAGGUAACCUUUCCAAUUGCUAACGACAUAACGUUGACCUGAAGUUCUAUGAGAGAACUCUCAAGAUGCUCAUCACUCAAACAUGACAACUGAACCCAAAUCGACACCCUGCGAAUUAAUCAACACCUACCAUCAGACAUGUAACCAUGUUACAACAUCUCUUCAUCAUGCUACUCGCAACAUACCAUCCAAAUCCUCCGAUCCUAAGACAUCUGCUUCCUCUGACCAAAUCAUAACAACCUGUCCGCAAGCGAUCCAUAACCUAUCACUUCCUCCUCCACUAGAUCAACAGCAAAAAUCUAGCACAACACUUUGUCCCUCGAUCCUAGGACGUACAGUCAUAAAUUCAGGAUAUGGAUGUCCAGAUUGCGAGCCAGAGUAUCAUCAAUCAACCGAUUAUAUCACGGCGGGACCAAGUCUUCGGGACAAGAAAGUGCUGGAUAAAGAGAAAAUAAAGAAGAAGAGAUUCGAGUGGUGUAUGCUUGCGAUUACGGAAUGGGAAGCUAAGAAAAAGGCAGCGGGCGGCGAGGGAACAUCGGAAGGGCAUGGCUGAAUAUUCCAGGAAGAAUAGAAGAUGAUGAACCGGAUUUAAUACUUCACAAUAAAACCAAAUACAUCUGCCAAGAUCGCA